UUCAGAUAACAAGACCUAUAUCCACCCUCUCGGUAUCACCACCCUCCGCAUAUACACUGGAUUUUCAGCCGUCGACAGUUCGAGAUCAACGCCCCGCAUAAUCGCCGAGUCGUGCUCCUUCUAUCGUGCGACGCUGUCCACUCACUCGCCAAGUGGGAUUAAUCGAUUGACGGAACGGACGUUUAGCUCGGAUUAGCUAGGAUACGGGGUUGGAGAUAUACAUUUGAGGUUGGAAGGGAAGAAAGAGAAACAAAACGGGCAGACACGAGGCUGAGGCUGGUCCUACGUCUCAUUCUUUCGCAUACGUUUGGUGUUGGUCUGCUAGUUACUCCUGGCUAUCUAACGACCUAUUCGAUCUCGCGUCGUUCGAUUCAUCCGAUACGAUUCGAUUGUUGUUCGGCUUGAGGACGAAGACGAAGACAGACGACAGAUACGUUGGACAGUCACGUCAGAAGGAAGAAUCAAAUAUACGCAUACACAAUGGCCAACGGGUGGAGUCUCAUCGUCGGCCUAAUCCUCGUCGUCAUCGCGUCGGUGGUAGCAUGGUUCUUUAGUCCCAAGGGGGAUAACCAGACACUCUGGCGAAGCACCCUCAUUCUCUCGUUUGCGUCGUGUUAUCUGAUGUGGGCGAUCGUUUUCCUGGCGCAGUGGCAUCCGCUUAUCGUGCCUAAGAGGUCCGAUAUUAGGCCUGGUCGGGUGCCGCAGUGAUCUCUUUUUCUCAAUUAGGUAUUGGGUGUGGGGUGGUGAGAUGGGUUGGUGGUAUGUGUGAUACCUUGUGAUAUCUGUGGCCUACCUUGCAAUGAGUGGGUGAAGUAGUGACUUGCCUAGGCUUAGAUGUGGAGAAUCUGUAUAGCUACGCUUUUAUUUUCUAUUGAUAUUAUCUUUUUG